CAGGAUACUUAGUGCGGAGGAGUAACCCAACGUCGCUUCGAUCCCUUCCCCAAGUGAAUGUGAUGUGGAGAAAGUCUUUUCGUGCAACAUCGGAUUUUUCCGCAUCUUGAGUCAGGUCGGUUGCCUUGUGAAGUAAUAAGUUCUGGCUUUGUCCCUUCACAAGCAUUUAUACUGCAGCUUACAGGGUUUUUCUAAUUCCCAACGGUACGGACCUGAAACAUGCUCGGUGUCAUUCUCCCUGUGAUCCUGGGCCUACCAGCCGCCUUGGCCCAGUAUGAAGCAAUCGACACAUGCUGUCAAGCUCUCCAAGGCGCUGGGCUUCAGAACGUGCUGUUCUCUGGUGAUGCUGCCUACAAAAACCGUACUGAGUCGUACUGGUCAGUAAGUGCUCAGCUCACGCCUCACUGCAUUGUUCAGCCUACCUCUACCGACGACGUAGUAAAAGUAGUGAACAUUUUGGUUGGAGACGGUGCCUGCUCCAGCACCAAGUUUGCUGUUCGUUCCGGUGGACAUACAACAUGGGCUGGUUCCAACAAUAUUGAGGACGGCAUCACAGUCGACCUGGGCCUGAUGACAGAAGUUACCUUCGACAAAAACACAACAGUAGCCUCAAUUGGCCCAGGUUCACGAUGGAACGGCGUGUACGCCGUCCUAGAUCCCUUAGGCUACACCGUCCCAGGCGGUCGUGCCGGUACGGUGGGUGUUGCAGGUUUCUUGACAGGUGGAGGCAAUUCUUUCUAUGCUGCGCGCAAAGGAUUCGCGUGUGAUAAUGUCGUGAACUUUGAGCUCGUGACUGCUGAUGGUAAAGUGGUCAAUGCCAACGCCAAUGAGAAUGCCGAUCUCUUCCAGGCACUCAAGGGCGGUUCGGGCGGCAAUUUUGGCAUUGUCACCCGUUUUGACAUGCAAGCAUUCCUAGCCGGAAACCUCUGGGGCGGAACUGCUACAUACAACAAAUCAGUGACUGCUCAGCAAAUCGACGCCUACGUCAAAUGGACCGAUAAUGUGGAAAACUACCAGGCCGGUAGCUCUAUUAUCUUCUGGAGUUACCUUCCUGUAAUGUCCGACAUCGUGAUUCUAGCUGCAUAUGAGGAUACCGAAGGUGAAGAGGCACCGGCCGGAUUCGAUGAAUUCCUUGCUAUCGACCGCAUCGCGGAUACCCUCCGCCUCGACAGCCACAAGGCGCUCACCGAUGAACUGGAACAGGCUGCUGGCUAUCGCGACAUCUGGUUCACGAUGACCUUUACCAAUGACAAAGAGAUCUUUACAAAGAUUGUAGACCUCAACACAGCCUUUGUAGAAGAAUGGAAGCUCCUAAGCGCGGAUGGCGACUUUAUCACACAGUGCAUGUUUCAAUCGAUUCCCACCAUCUUCUCAAAGCACAGUGUCGAGAGAGGUGGGAAUGUUCUGGGUCUCGAUAAGGUCGACAAGAAUGCAAUCAUGCUCUUAUUCGACAUCGCUGUCAAGACUCCAGAAGAGGAGGCUUUGGCCCGUCCCUUGCUCCGAUCAUACGGAAGGAAGAUGCAAGAGUUCGCUGCUAAGAAGGGAGGCUUAGUCGACUGGCAAUUUUUGAACUACGCAGAUUCCUAUCAGAAUCCGCUUGGUAGCUAUGGUGCAGAGAACGUGGAGAAGAUACGGGCUGCAGCUGCGAAGUUUGACCCACAGGGCAUCUUCCAGACCAAAGCUCCUGGUGGGUUUAAGAUCUCCAAGGUAGAAAACGGAUCCAAGGAAACAUCCGCUCCCAUUGAGAAGGAGCUCUAGUGGCAGCAAUUAGACAUUUAUAUCAUAUUUACAUUAUACGUUAUUGAG